AUGACGUCGCGCCCGGACAUGCCCACGGCCUGGCUCUUCAAUGGCUAUGAACGACCUGCACCCGUGGCCAACGAGUAUUUGCACUACGCCAAAGUCAUCAGCGGAAUACGGAUGCGUCAAUCCGUCUCCGGCGCCGGUGACUUCUGCGUUUUGCCUAGCCUACUCGACCCUGCGCUACUCAGCCAGUGGCUGGCGAAGCCUUGUUUUCCAUCUGACCUAGGGCUACUGUCGCCUGAAGUGCAUGAGGCUGAAAAUUUUUUGGGUCUUCAGCGUGAGGAGUUCCUUUUUCCAGAUCUAUUUACCAUUCAGGAGCUCACGCAGCAAGUCCUUGACAUGGAAGAUGGCUGUGCUUACUCCAAUGCGACCGGCAACGCCUGUCGUUGCGAAUGGUGCAGCGCCGGCGCCCAGAGUUUGCGGCCCUGGAUUGAUGAAGAAACCUCGCGCGUGGAAAUCAGUAUGGUGGUCUACAAUGCACAGUACGGAUCCUACACCUAUGUCUCAGUGAACUUUAUGUUCAAUCGCGGAGGCCACAUCCAUUCGUUUAUCCAUUGUUUGUCGGCCUUCGUGGAUCCCUUCUUACGCCCCGGCCCGGAGUUGGCCUUGACCCUGGUGGCUGCUACGCUCUGGAUCGGUGCCUUGCUCUAUGCCCUGGCGGCAGAGCUCACCGAGAUCCGGGGGGCCAUCCGGAAUUCCAACGCCGGGCUUCGGAAAGCCCUCUGGGAGGACUACGUGGGCUUUUACAACAUGGUCGACUGGUCCUCCAUCAUUGUGGGCUCCUUAGCCAUUGGCUACUACUUCCAGAGUCGCAUCGCGGCGAGUGCGGUGAACGAGCUGCUGCCCUCCAUGAUUGACGCGAGUUUGAAGCCGGACGCCAACUACCAGUCCACGGUGAAGGAGUUCUUCCGAGCGGCCGAGGACAUGAGCAAGGCCAAGAAGGACACGGAGCUGCAGUUGAUGUUUUAUCCGCUGAUCAUCAUGAUGAGGCUCUUCCGGUCCUUCGAAGCUCAGCCACGACUGGCGCUGGUGUCGGCCACCCUCAAAACGGCGGCUCCAGAUCUGGGACAUUUCUUCAUGAUCUUCUUGUGUGUCUAUUUGUGCUUCGUGGUCAGUAGCCUCUUGUUCUUCGGACAGGAUCUCGAGAGCUUCAGCACCAUGGACCGAGCCCUUCAUACCUCCUUCUUGGCCAUGUUUGGGGAUUGGGAUUGGAAUGCCAUGACCGAUGUGGGCAUGUUGAGAGCUGCUGUGUGGUUUUGGGUCUUUAUGGUGAUGAUGGUGCUCUUCAUGUUGAACAUGCUGCUGGCAAUCAUUAUGGAUGCCUAUCAGAUGGAGAAGUACAAAACGUCGGAUGCCACGACCUUGUGGCAGCAAAUCCUCGACAUGAUCGAGCGGAGACGUCAGUACAUACGCGGCGAGCGCGUGCGCUUGACUGAUGUUUGGAAGACCUUCAGACGUCAAUAUGCUGGAAAAGAGAAAGCCAUGCUCUCCAGCGACCAGCUGCUCUCGGUGGAAUAUCUGGUGAACACCGUGACACGGAUGCCCGAGCAGCAAGCCUUGAGGACCAUGGUUCAUUCCUUAAAGCGUGAUGACAUCCUCACCCACGGCUUUAUGACAGAAGAGCAGGUCAACAAACAUGUGGAGAAGACCUUGGGCUCAAUGGAGCUGAAGAUCAAGGCGAUACUGGAGGAUGUGGAGUUCAUCAACGACAAACUGGACUUCUUCGACCGUUUGUUGGCGCCUGGAGACGCGGAAUACGACUUCUACUUCGGCGCCGAUGGGCAGUCGCACGACCAAGCGAGCAGGUUGUGGAUCUACAACUCCAUCACCGCCUUCUCCGAGGAGUUGCAGCAGAACUUUGUGCGGGGCAUCCAGCGCAUCGGAACCUGGCAGGAUGAGUUCGAAUGCGAGCAGACGGAGUUGGCGGAUGGCUUGCGCGAGUUUGAGCAACUGCUGGCACAAAGCCUGGAAGCCUUGCAGGAGUUGUCAAAUGUUGUGGAGGGCAUGGACAAAGAAAUCUGA